AUGAGGACCAAAAAGCCAAAGAAGACAACGACAGGCGCACCAGUUCCAUUGGAAGACAUGACUCAAUCUGCUUCCGAAUCAAAUACAACCUCUCAAUUUCUAGAUCCUUAUGCUCAAGUGCCAGCACAGUGGGAGCCUCCGUUUAGCAUGCAGGAGGCAGUGGCUCGCUCUGAUAUCGUUACAUUGAGACAAGCCCUUGACCACAAGGCCCUUAAUUUCAAUGGAAUAGAAGAGCAAUAUGACGAUAAUCACUCACUUUAUGCAUUGGCCAUUGCCCAAGAACAACAGCCCAUGCAAAUAUCACAACAUAUACCCUUAAUGCCAAACAUCGAUCCAAUGCUCCAUGUCCAUUCUGCUUUGCAAUGCCAGAUUCCCGCUGCCUAUUCUAUGUCUUCUGAAUCAAACCUCGUAGCUCAUGUGGAUGUAGACGAUAAUCCUUUCAACAAUGUUGAAGAUGCUGCCACAAUGAAUUUGACCUCCACUUUCAUCGAAACCAUGACUUACGAAGAUUCUGCCACCAAUGAACCAUAUGAUAUGACUCAGACCCCAUGGGUCAUCAAAGCCACAGAAGAUGAAGCUGCCUCCUCAGUCAUCGAGACAAUUGGCUUCUAG